GUCGUGCUGUGCUGUGCUGUCCCGGUGUGUCAUCGCGUCGUCAUCGCAAUCGCGCGUCACAAAUAUUUCGUUCCGUCGAAUCGUCGUCGAAUCGUCGUCGCGCCGUCGUGAUUUAACGGAAUCUCCAUCGCUCCACUGCGCUGCUUCGAUUUGCGCUGAGUGAUUUACGCAAAUUAUUGGCAGAAAGUGGAUCUCCACAGCGUGUGUGGUGUGUGUUGCACAAUUUUUCAAAACUCUCCGGCGCUUCGUGAUCCGUGGAGCUCCGAGUGACAAUAGAAAGGAACCCCGGAGAUAAGUCGAUAACUCGCGCGAAGCAGCCGCGUUUGCUACAGCGUUUUUCGUAGUUUCUCGCGGAAAAGUGUCCCCAAAAGCCGUGCCUAUUUCCGUUGUAUUAUCAGUGCGAGGUCGGAUGUACCGACGAUCGAUCGUUUGAAGCGCUAGCAGCAAGCGACGGUAACCGCGGGAGCGAGUGUUGCAUCCGGGGCCCGGCGAAUCGGAAUCGAAGAUCUCUUCUGGAUCUUGACAAACGAAUUUCUUGAAAGUUGCUUGCGUGUCUCUAUUGCGUCUAUGUGACAGUGGGUUUACGGCUCAGUGCUCAGUGGUGAUGAUAAGUGAUGUUGUUCCAGCCAGGCCAACAACAGCAAGAAACACGGGCUUUUGGAAAGUUGGCAAAUGAAAUGAUAACGAUGUGCUAGUGUGUAAAAGUAGGCUUUGGGCCAAGUGAUUUGCAAAAGGCACUCUUGAGAUUUGUACACCGUUUCGCAAAAAGAUAGAUAAAGGGAGAGACCUGACCGUGGCAGAAAGAAGAGGUAGAAGAGGUAUAGCGCACAAUCGGUCUUCCAAACAAACAAACGGUGAAUGAUUGAAACGGUGGUGCCAAGAGAACGGGGUUCUAGCAGCUUUGCAGAAGCAGGUGAAGAGAAAAUCAUGUCACAUUUUCCCUUUCGAGGCUCGCCUUCCGCUCAGAGUACAACACCGACCGUUCCUUCUGCACCUUCCUCACCACCAACGGCAUCGGUUGCGAUGGCGGUAACGACGACCGUACCACCGAGUGCCCGAAGCUCAUCGCCCUGUUCCGCCACCUCCGGGCCACCAACGUCCGGCCCAACACCGGGCAGUGGCCGGUGCUGCGAUACGGGUCGACCCAUUUUCACCGAUCCCAUCUCCGGACAAACGGUUUGCUCGUGUCAGUACGAUCUCAUCAACUACCAGCGGCUGGCCAGUGCCGGCAUCGGUGGACCCGGCGGCGUACCACUCUCGAUGUACAGUGCCCCCUACUCCCCCGAAACGAUGGCCGCCUACUUUCCGGCCAUCGGUGCUGACCAGGCUCCUUUCUAUGCAAAUCCUGCGGCGGCGGGAAUCGAUUUAAAGGAAAACCUCGCAGCUGGUGGCGCACCAUGGCCUUACCCGUCCGUCUACCAUCCGUACGAUGCCGCCUUUGGCUAUCCCUUUAAUUCGUACGGGAUGGACCUGAACGGAGCACGGCGGAAAAAUGCGACACGCGAAACGACGAGUACACUGAAGGCGUGGCUGAACGAGCACAAGAAGAACCCUUACCCGACCAAAGGCGAGAAGAUAAUGCUGGCGAUCAUCACGAAGAUGACACUGACGCAGGUCUCGACGUGGUUCGCGAACGCGAGGCGACGGCUGAAGAAGGAGAACAAGAUGACGUGGGAACCACGGAACCGGGUGGAAGAUGAUGACGUCAACCUGGACGACGAUGAUGAUGAUAACAAGAGCUUAAAGGAUGAUAAGGAAAUACUAGACUCCAAAGAUUCGGGCACAGGUUCGAGUGAAGACGGUGAUCGGCCAUCGCGGUUAGAUUUGCUCGAUCGUCCGGGUGGUAGCGAGUGGAAUGGUUCCCGGAACGGCAGUGGUCCCAACUCCCCGGACAUCUACGAUCGUCCCGGUGUGGGUGUGGGGCAUCAUCACCCGUUGUUGCAUCCUUCCCAGUUCCCGCCACAUCUAAGGCCCGCCAUUGCCACACCACCGGACGUAAGCCACACACCGAGUGGCAGUACGAAUCCCAGCACGAAACCGCGCAUCUGGUCACUGGCCGAUAUGGCCAGCAAGGAGAACAACAAGGACUCGGGAUCCAUCUCGCCGACGGCCGGCCAGGGUUAUCCAUCGCCCGGUGGUAAGAUGCCGGCGGUCACCCCGCUGGUGACCGGCCGAGGGCUUAAUCCGCUUCACCAUCAUCCGUACAUGCGGCCAGAUUUCUAUCGGAAUCUGUACGGUCACCAUUUGGCACCGGGAUCACCGGAAGUGUCGCUGCUGGAGUCUUACCAGCGAACCUUUGGUGCUACGAUCGGUGCUCAUAAUGGGCUACCGGUUGGCAUUAACCCGCUCCUAUCGAAGGCCUCCGGUAGUGGGCCUCCCUUUGCACCGCUUAGCCUCACCACGGGAAACCACCAUCACCAACACCAACACCACCAGCAGCACCAGCAGCACCAGCAGCAGCAACACCAACCGCAUACGGCUCCACCUCCCGGAGCGUCUCCUGCCUCUAGUACCUCCAGCAAUGGACCGGAAAAUCUAACACCCGCGUCCGCCACCAGCUCGCUCCCCACCAGCGGCACCAGCGAAAAGCUGAUCAACGUCGUGGCCAACAGCUCCAAACCAUGACCGCUGGCGAUCAAGUGAGUGUAAAAAGUACAACCACCGGACCGGCCGGCCACCCCACGGUCAGUCAGUCAGUCAGUCAGUUCGCUAUCUAGUAAUUUAGUGUAAAACGACGCCACACACACACACACACACACAUACAGGAGAGAAACAAAACAGAAAAAAACAUUUUGUCAGCGGCGGCGGAUAAAACCGAUGAAAAGAUUUAACAAAAUUGGACAAUAAUGAAUGUGAUUGAUUUUCAAUCGAUUCUCCAAAAGAACACACACACACACACACGUAAACGCAUACACACACACGUGACAUGGGGCGAGUUAUUUGUUAACAGCAGUUAAAAAAUCGGAUAACAGGACACAGGGAAAGCAGGAAGGGAUGCGACGACCCAUGGACGACCCUCCCCCCCGAGGGGGACGAUCAUUCACUCGCCUUAUCGGCCCACGUUAUCGGCUGUGUUUAGACACAUUUUAGCAGCAGCAGUUCAUUUUGUUUUUACUUUUUGUUUCUCCAAAAACCAAAACUCUCAUCAGGACUUUGCUUGCUGCUGCCGCCGUUGGGAGUGAUAGUGCGCACUCGAGAUCAUUUUGUCUCCCGGAAAACCCCACGUUUUGUUCCUCGAAUUGACCGCCCCCACCGGAAGGGGGGAUGUUUCUAUUUCGAUCUUCGAUCUCCCUCCCUCUCACUACAUCUUUAUCCAACAGAAACAUCUCUCACACACGGACACACAGACACACAAUCAUACAAAGCAAAUCGGGAUCGCGAGCAUCUAGUGUAUGUGAUAUUAAAUUGUAUUAAAUAUUAUUUGAUAAGAAUAUUGGGUAUGCAACGCAAGUAGUAGUCAUGUUGUUGUUGUGGGCAUGUGUGGCUUUUCGUGGAUGCACGGCGCCAACUCUUUCUAGUGAAUGAUUCAAUGACGUUCCCGCACGUAGCAACCCGGUUGCUACGUGCACACACACACACACACUCACACACAUACAGGCAGGUACGCAGAGUCCCUGGGUACACCAUACUGGCACACGCCAGGUGGCAAAUUUUGGGCUUCUAUUUUUUUUUUGUCAAUUUUGGUCACUCCCCGUAGCUGUUGUACCAUUUGUUCUGUUAUUAUUAGUACCAAAAAGGCCAACGGUGGCAAAUAGCCGGCGCAGCGGCCGGUGAAAACGCAAAGGACGAACCGAGUGGACUGAAACAUAUCAUGCAUUCAUUUUCCAAACACACAAGCGAUGAGCUACUUGGAUAGCAACUCAAUUCUUUUGGGAUCCCUCGCCGCCGAUGUGGUUAUGGAACGUUGUUCCAAUCGAAGUAGCAACUGGAUGGUGAUGGAGUGUCCGAAAAUCUCCGAUUCCCCAGAGCUGGAAGGAAGGUAGGGGUAGGGGGAAGGGGGUGUAAAAAUAUAGUAAGAAAGGUGUCCACCAGCUCCUCGAUCGGCGCUGCGGUCGCGAUUGUUAGUUUAAUAUUUAAUCCUGGUGUCCUAUUUAUUUCCGCAACGCGGCACACAAUACACACACACACACGGACACGGACACGGACACAUUCUUUCGGAUGCUGAUGGAUGGAAGCAAACAUCGAAUAUCAAUAUUCCCAUAAUAUGAGAAGCACUCGUACUGAUACCAAAUUAUUUACCCCUUCUCAUAGCAAGCAACCACCAUUUUGUUCCAUCUUUGUUUAGCUUCACUUUCCUAUUGCCAUCCACCGGAUGCACCGGAGAAAGUGACACACAAAUCCGAAAAAGAAAAACGAUAGGGUGAGGGGGUGCGAUGGGGGUGCGAUGGGGGUCCGAAGAAUUCGACAUGAAUUGCGCAUGUGAGCACGGGAAUGAAUGAAUUCGGAAUUUAUAAAUACUAUAAAUAUAUAAAUAUAUACAAUACACAAUUCCCCAACCACCUCCUUCUCUUCCACCACCCCCGACCACACCAAAACCAUCCUCUUCCUACUCCUCCUUAUAUAUAAAUAUAUAAAAUAUCGAUUGUAAUAACCGCAAUAGAUAUAAUUGAGCUGUAAAUUAUUAUCGUAAAUGAACAAAGGAAACAAAGCAGAAAAAAGAAAGUAAUAAGUAGUAGUAAUGAGCCGAGAAGAACGGAGACGAUGAUGACGAAUAAUGAAAUCGAUUCCCAAAUGAUGAUGAUGAUGAUGAUGCUGAUCAUGAUGAUGGUUUGCGAAUGAUGCAGCCGCAAGAAAACGGAAAAAAUGAAACCAACGUAAUGUUACUAGUUGCAAUAAUAAAACCCGAAAAUAAAAAAAA